AUGCCUCCAGAUGAACAAAGACUUUGUUUACCUUCUCCUGAUCGACUUAGCAAACUUGCCAUUCAUUUAAUCGAUGACAUUCUAAAUAGGUUGUCUUUUCGAGAUGUUGUAAGAACUAGUACACUUUCGAAGGAUUGGCAAUAUACUUGUCGUAGAAUUCCACAAGUGAAGUUUGAUCAAACGGUCUGGGAAACACCAGAGGACUUGACAUCCCCUACCAUUGGAUUUAUUCCCAUUCUCCCAUUGAGGCAUCUGUAUCUCAUGGAAUGUGAAAUACUUGUUCCAAGUUUCUUUCAGGGAUUUAAUAAGCUUAUUAGUCUAAAAUUAAAAUCUGUCACGUUAUCUUCUGAUACGUUUGAAGGUUUGAUCUCUAAUUGCCCGUUGCUUGAGGAUUUGGUGUUAAAAGACAUACACAAUCCGUACCUCAUGAGUAUUAGUGCUCCUAAGCUAAGGUCAUUUGUCUUUCGUGGCGAUAUACAGUUGAUAUAUCUUGAAAAUGUCCCUCUUCUUUCGAAUAUUCUGUAUGAGCCUAGAGACUUAGUUCUAGAGGACGAAGAUGAUUUUGCCAAUAUUUUUUCGUCUGUUCCUGCUCUCGAGUGUUUCAGCUGGGAUCAUUUUGAGGUCGAUAUUGGAUCAACUGAAUUUAUACCAACAAAGCUUCCAUCAGCUCUUGACUGUCUGAAACGCCUCUUCAUAUCUUGGAUUACUCUUGGAGAGUUUUUUGAGCUUUCGUUUACUCUCUGUAUGAUACUAAGCUCCCCAAAUUUGGAAGAAAUUGAAAUUAAGGGGUGUAUCCUUGGUGAUGGGGAUUAUUUCGAAUCUGUGCCCCAGGAGGUUGUUGAUGAGAUUCCUGCAAGCUUUUCGGAUAUGACAUUUAAUCAUCUGAGGACAGUUAAGUUUUAUGAUGUACUAUUAGAAGAGGGUGAAAUGCAGCUUAUCAAGGUUUUAUUGGCAAAGUCUCCAGCACUAGUGAAAAUGGAAAUCAAGCCUCGUCAAAUGGAAACUAAAAAAUCUCUCAAAUUACUCGUGGAGAUAACAAAGUUUCAACGGGCAUCAUCUAAAGCAGAAGUUGUGUAUCUUGUUGAUUAG